UCCGGUAGGAAUACUUGGAGUUAAAAAAAAAAAAAAAAAAAAAAAAAAAAAUCCAAAUAAAUACGUUUCAUUUACUUUUCAGUCUCAUCCUCGGCUCCUCCUACAGUCCUACUUCGGACCUUUUAAGUUUUGACAUUGAAAGUCAUUUCGCAGCAAAGGCUUCCUGAAUUCAAGCUAAUUUUGUUGGAGCCAUCAACGAAUUCAUCCGUAUCUCCAUCUUCUUUAAAUCGUAGGGCUAAUGACAAAUGUAUCAGACAAAGACUGUCCCUAGUUCAAGUUUAGUUUGCAGCAACUCAUUUGUUCAAGGCCAGCAUCUAGACAGCAGUGCCACUGCAAUGGCUCCUAGCAGUGGAGGCAACAAUCUCGGCGGCAAUAACUCUAAUCUGGCCUCCAGGCAACGGUUACGUUGGACAAAUGAGCUUCAUGAACGUUUUGUCGAUGCUGUGGCGCAACUUGGUGGCCCAGAUAGGGCUACUCCUAAAGGUGUGCUCAGAGUCAUGGGCGUACAAGGUUUGACUAUUUACCAUGUAAAAAGCCACUUGCAGAAAUACCGGCUUGCAAAAUACAUCCCAGAGUCUUCAUCUGAUGGUAAGAAGGCUGACAGGGAAGAAUCAGGCAACUUGUUUUCUGGCUUGGAUGGUUCUUCUGGUAUGCAAAUAACAGAAGCACUCAAGCUGCAGAUGGAAGUGCAAAAACGGCUGCAUGAGCAAUUAGAGGUCCAGAGGCAGCUACAGUUACGAAUAGAAGCUCAAGGCAAGUACCUGAAGAAGAUAAUUGAAGAGCAACAACGAAUUGGUGGUUUUCUUGGGGAAAAGCCUUGCUCGGUGCUUCCUGCCCUACCCUCUGGCAACAGCUGUCCAAAUUCUGACAAGACUGAUCCAUCAACCCCCGCUCCAACAUUUGAGUCCCCUCACCAAGACAAAGCUUCCAAGGAACGAGCAGCAGCAAAGAGUCGCUCUCAUGAUGAUUCUUUCUCAUCCCACCAUGAACCAUCAACACCAGAUUCUGGCUGCCAUGUUAGUUCACCAGCUAUAAGCCCAAAAGGCAAGAAGUCAGCCAAACAACAGCAACUGGGGAUUGGUUCAUCAUGUGCAAAAGAAGAGAUUAUCCUCACACACCAGAUACUAGAAUCAAGCUUGAGUUCUGGUUUCCAGCAGCCAUGCUCAGUUUCAUUGAUUGGAGAUCAUUUAGAUCCCUCAUCUGGGAAACCAGUUAGCGAUGAAGAUCAGACUUGAAUAUGAUCCAGUAUUCCAGUGUUCUGCUGUUGUCUAUAUACUGCAGGGCUCAUCUUCACCAACCUCCUUCAAAAAAGGAGAAAUGUUCUCUCUUUAUAUAUGUGGAUGUAAUUCUCUUUCUCUGUCAUUAGAUAUUAGGAUCAAGGAUACUUUUUAGGCUUCUAGACGUUUCUUCUUUCCUUGCCUCCCUGUGCUAUAAUUUCUUGUUAGACAUGAACUCUUACAUCAAACAAAAUUUCAGAGUGGACCAUGUGUAUAGAGAAUUUCCAAUGGGAGUACAGUGUAGCAUUGAACUUCCAAUCAAAUGUUCAGAAUUGCAUUCACUACA